GUCUGACCGUGUGAAGCUGCCGGAGGAGGUCAGAAGCCCAACUCAGCCCGAGCUGUUCCUUCUGCGGGUGGAUGAACGGGAUGCUGCUGCCCUCCAGAGCUGAACGCGGCCGGUAGGAUGAGAAGGAAGGUUCUUGAAAGCCUUGUGCCGGCAACGAACAGGGAGCUGCGAGCGUUUGAGAAACGGUGGGCAGGUAGAGGAGCCGUAAGGAAGAGGCGCCGAGAGCGGGUCAGGCAAGACAAGAGCAGUGGGAACAGGAAGAAGUUUCUCUGCCGAGACGAGAAAAUGGUUCACGAGGCAAACCCGGUGCGCAAACACCGCAGCGCAGGAGUGGAGCCCAGCGAUCAGCCGCUGACUGUGCCGAAGUCUGCCGACGUCUCAAGUAGACUCCGGUGCUGACGGGCAUCUGUGUCCGCUCUCCGGACGGGCAGAGAAGAGAGGGAGCAGUUACUUUUGUGCCAUCGCUCUGUCUCAGUGCUAUGCUUGGUUCCAUUCUCGUUAACGCUUGAAACGGCGGAUGGAGGCGAGCUCCAUCUGAGGCAGGUGUCUCGGGCACGGCAGGUGGGCAGUGCCGCGUGUUCUCUCUGUGGCCUGGCUUCGGGUCUAGGCGCCUCGUCCUCCGGAGACUAACCCCUUGGCCUUGUUACUUUGUACAAAUAUCGGGUACCUGAACUAGAUCAAAAUUCCUAACCGGACUGCUGUCCCUCACUGCUGGGCUGAAUCCCUUUCCUGCAGAGGCUUUGGUGAAAGGCACUUGCCCAACGUGCAACAGUGUGCGUGUCUGGAAGAGGCGCCUUGCUGUCGUACCUCUCGCUCUCCAGUGAGUGUUUCUUAGGCUCGUGGUCGGUGUUCAGCUGGAAUUGUGUGCAGUCUCCGGGGCUGCGUGUGUGUGCGCAGUGCAGGCAGGAAUGCGUGUGCACGGCUCGAGGUGUGCAGAGCCGAGCGUGUGCCCGC